UCUGUGGGCUGAAACGACAAACGAAAGUGGGCGAAUAUGUGUUUGUUUUUAUUGUAAUAAAUAGUGGAAUCGAGGCGCCUAAAAUCGUAUACUGGUAAAGUUAUGUCAAGUAAUAAGUUUCUUUGCAAAAAUGCAUUUUUCUAUACCUGAUCUGCAGCAGUUCCAAGAUGACAACGGAGUUUCAUACACGGGCUACAAUAUUUACAUAGAUGGAUUUUUCCACUGCACAACAAGGUAUAAGCAGCUGCUUUGCCUUCACGAACAGUUGCAAGCACAAAAUCCUUAUUUUAAGUUACCACAAUUCCCACCUAAGAAAUUAUUUCUAACCAGUUCCCAACUAGAGGAAAGGCGGAUCUUAUUGGAAAAGUAUAUUCAACUGGUUGGGCAAAAUCCUAUGUUGGCAAACUCCGAACUUCUGAUCACUUUCCUGUUCUCGGCGCAACAAGAAACACAUUCUGUGAGGAUGCACGAAGUAGACAUUGAAAUAUCUCUAAUGAACGGUUACCGAAUACCCCUCUCCGUCUCAUCCACAGACUCCUCAAGCACAAUACUUGACAUUGCUUGUAAUUAUAUCAAUUUGCCAAAAGAACUGUCAAAAUACUUUUCACUGUAUCUUUUUAACUGGAGUUGUGCUAAGGACGGACAGCCGGCAUUGAAAAAGCUGGAGGAGUAUGAGUCUCCAUACAUAUCUCAAAAGUAUGUUAGGCCUGAAGAUAAAAUCGUUUUAAGGAAGAGUUACUGGGACCUGUGCUAUGAUCUGGAUUUAAUGAUAGAUAGGGUAUCACUAGACCUUUUAUAUUUACAAACAAUAGAAGAGCUUGAUCUGGGCUGGUUAACAGCUGAGUCACAUAUCAAAGACAUACUGAAAUCAUAUGAAGAAAAGAAACAAAAGAGAGAGUACUUAGAGCUGGCGCGGACUUUGAGGCACUACGGGCAGAUACCGGCAGGCGAGGCGGUGACGGACGCGAGCAACAUAUCAGGAGCGACCGGCGCCACCUGCCGCAUAUCCGUGGCGCUCGCCGGCCGCGAGCUCAUGCUGACCAGCCCUCAAGCCAGGGAGCAACGGUACAAGGUCACGAGGAUGCGGUGCUGGAGGAUCACAACUUUACAUGGGGUAGACCAAUCACUAUCAAACGGCCACCGCUCUCUACUGGAGGAGUCGAACAAGAACUUCGAGCUGUCCUUCGAAUACCUCAUCAGCAAAGACAACCUCAAGUGGAUCACCUUGAAGACGGAACAUGCCACGUUUAUAAGCGUCUGUUUGCAGUCAAUCGUGGACGAGCUGAUGCGGCAGAAGGGCGGGUCGGGGCCGGCGUCGCCGCGCUCGCGGGGUGCGGGGCUCACGUACCUGCGCCGCGACGGCUCCUCCCACCGCGUCACCCCCUCCUCCUCCAGCGACACGCUCAGCUCCGCCAAUGGAGAUUCAUUCAACUCUGGCAGCUCUCGAGAGAUAUUCUCAGUUCAGAAGUUGACUGAGAAGUUCGCAUCCGUCGCCUUCAAGACCGGCAAGGAUUGCGUCGAGAACAACGCAUUCGAAGCUAUCGGGGACGAGGAGCUAUAAACCACUGAGGAACGGAACGGUUAGUCUUCUUGAAAAGCCCAAAUUCACAGGUUGAUGCACGAAUGGUGGAACGAAUGGAAUGAACGAAGCGUUCAUUGUAUGGGUGAUACACACCUGUAUCGGUAAUAUCGGUAUACAGUCAGAGCCACCAUUUUAUUGGUUAAUUUCAUGGGCGAAUCAAUUUUUUCGUGACACUCGUUCUCAUGGUUACAUGGGACAAAAGACUUGAAAUCCUGUGUUAAAUGUAUCAAACAUGCAUUUUUGUGGUAGUCAGCUCAUAACUAAUUUCCAUAAUAGGCCAUCUACUAAGCAUGCUAAUAGAACGGCAUACAACAUCUCUUCAAAGUGCGCCAGUAUUGUUCCUUGGACAACAGGCCGGAUAACAACACAAAAAAGUUGAUACACACAUAAAUUUCACAUUUUCAUUCACUCAUUCAUUCCAUUCGUGCCAGCUCUUGUGAGUCAACCUGUACCUAAUUCGCGAAUCACACGCAGGACAUAGUUUCACAGGCAGCUUUGUCGUUUUUAUUCAUUGUAAUUGUGUCAUUUUGUAAGUUCACGGGUGAAUUGUGUUCAUGUGUAAGAGAGGUUUAUGCUUGGCUUUUCAACCAGUCGUAGUUUAAAAAAAACUGUAUACUGUCUAAUCUAGGCCUAAACUGUGACUGUGACAUAGAUCAUAUAAAAAUGAUGUGAAUUCAGACAGUCAAUACAAGCAAUUAAUAUUCUUUUUCAGUGUAGAUUGUAGAAUUAUUAAAAUUCAGCUUUAUCAUUUAGCCCAUUUCUUAAAAGACUACAAUAGUUGUGUGAAUGUGAACUUGUGUGCCUUGAAAGCUACGCCUAAGUGCGUCAGGCAAGUCAAAGAAAGAGGAACGAAUUAUUGUCACGGCCUUUUUUAAUCGUAAUAGAUACCGUCUAUUCUAACUUUGCACCGACUUGAAUAUAACAAAGUUUAAGUAACAAGAGACAGUGACAUUUUAAAAGUCACAUUUUCAUAUAAAUUUGACAUCAAUGAAAAUAAAGCUAUGUCAUUGCGAAUGCAAUGCAGAGUUAGCUUGGGUCGGUUCUACUUAUUUACAAGACUAAAUGUGACGUUAUCUAUGAAAAGGGACCUUAUGUGCAAUUACUAUCCGCAAUGCCGCGCGACGCUGUGCGGCGUAAGCGCCAUCGAUAAUAAGGUUCCUUCAUAGAUAAAGCCCCAAAUUUGUUUGAAUUAUAAAAGUACAUAAUUAUAACCCUCAAAUCCCUGAAUUAACAUUUCGAAAGCAUUAAAGUUCGCUAAAACUAGACAGGUUUAAGCCAUUAGAAAUAUUUGUACUAUUUGUACGUUAAGCUCGAACAAAAGGUUCUCCAAAGAUCACAAUGUCAUUGAAGAAAUUAGUUGCCAAUCCAAUCUAUAAAGAUAGUUGUAAAAAAGUAAUAAAUUCCAUUAAUUAGGUAAUGUACAGCUAAUCAAUUAAAAUUAAGCUAUACUGUUAUACUUGUAUUAUAAUUAUUUACAUUGAUAAGGCUAUGAACAGAAUCUGUCCUCCUUGGCGUUAGGUUAGGUGGUUUUAAAGUCAAACUUUCGGAGUUAGUAUAAUUAAUUAAUUAUACAUAAUUUAGUUAUUUCUUUUUUGUCUCUCUAUUGCAUAAUUAAAUGGCACAUUUAAAGAUUAUUUUGGACAAGCUUUUACGAUGUCGUUUAUAUUAUGAUGAAUUAUUUACAUUUGAUUCGGUUCUGUUUGUUUUCCUAAUUUUCUGCCUAAUAAUAUUUAUAAUUCCUUGAAUAUCAGAAUUUUCAAAUGUAAUAGAUAGAUAUAUGAAUGAAAAAAAGAUCAAAAUCCUAAAUAGCGAAUGCUAUACCUACUUUUGAUGUAAUUAUGAUGGUUAUGCCAUAUAUUUGCCAUUGUUUACAAUAAUUAUUAUAUUGUAGGCUUUAUACAGGCUCAAAACGUUUAGUAUGUAAGCAAUUAUUUUGUAUAAUAUUAUUGUAUUUCCUUAUUAAUAUGAUUUGUAUAGGAUGUGUUUGUUUUACAUCGAAUAUUAACUAGUCGUAAAUAUGUAUCUCUAUUUUAAUCGUGGUAAAACAGGGGAAAUAUAUAGUUAAAUAUAACUAAUGUCAUAACACUAACUAACACUAGAACUAAUCUAAACUAUUUUCGCCCGUGAUUUCCUAAGAUGGCCGUAGUAGUGUUUAGUCCAUCUACGCUAAAAUUUUACAUAUUUAAAUAACUGUUUAUAUUAAUAAAGUAUACCAUAGAUAAUUAAAGAUCUCUUUUAUGGACUAAAUUAAUUUCCUAAUUAUACAAUGUAAAAUUAUAAAUCAAUUUUGUAGGUCACAGUUAUUGUAAAUGUAGCCUUGAUAAUGAGCAUCAUCGACAGCCCAAUACCCCUGUUUAUUUGCUAUGUACCAAAUUUGUUUAAGAAAACUGAUAUAAAAAAAAUUGUAUCAGAGUCUAAUACUUAUCAAAUAUGGCAACAAUAUAUGUUAUAAUACGUUCGACCAUUAAAUACCUAGUUAUGCGGCAAAAUUGAAUCAAAGUUCAUAAGACAAGUUUUAUAUGAAUUGUAACAUUAUAUUUGUUAUUUGUGAACAUUUCAAUGCGUUAUUAAAUAGUAAAGAAAUGUACCUAAUGCAUUUUAUAAAUAAAUUAAUACCUUUUAUAUGUAAUACUUAACGCAAAUGCUACCAACCAAUAUUGAUUGUAUUAAAAUUUGUAAGUGUAAAAAAUGCAUUUUCUGUUUGAAUCAAUGUAAGGCAUUUUAAACAAGUAAAAACCCACCGUAUCAUUUUAUUACAGCAUGAGAAUUUUUCUAUUCCCUAGCUAGAUGGACGUAUUGUGAAAUUUUGUAUAAUUUCCCUAUAAUAUCGGCGUUACAAUACAUUUUUCUACUUCAUAGUUAUUUUAUACUUAAUUUGCAUGUUUUUUUAUGUUUUCUUUGUUCUGAGUUAUGUUAUGUUCAGAGUAAUAAACUCAUAUUUUAAUUUUAUUAUGUAAUAUUUACUUAUAGGUUUAGGGGUCAUCCAUUAAUUACAUCACACGUUUAGAGGGAGGGAGGGGGUCAAGAAAAUGUGACAUAUUGUGACAUGGGGGAGGGGGGGAGUCACAAACUUUGUGACGUCACUUUAACUUCAUCAGUAACCGAAAAUUUAUUUAAAUUAUUUUAUUCGCUGUGCAUUUAAAUAACAAGUUUUUAAAACGAUAAUCGUUUUUAUUCGUUUAAUUUUCUUUCCUAAGCAGUUUUGGGACUUUUGGGUUAUAAAAUUACUAAUAUUUAUAUCGUCAAAACUAUUUUGAUAAAAUAUGAAUAAUACUUAGGCACUUACUUAAUUCGAUUUGGCGAUUUCGUAGAAAAAUGUGACGUCACACUAGGGGGUUUGCCAAAUGUGACCCAGUGUGACAAGGAGGGGGGGAGGGUCAAAAAACCUAGAAAUUCGUGUGACGUAAUUAAUGGAUGACACCUUAUAUUUGUAAACACAUUUAAAUAUUUUUUCAAAAAUGCAUUUUUAGGGGUUUUAUUUACAUUAAUGUUACCGCCGUAUGGAAGUGGUCAAAACUUAGAAAAGCUCUUUUUUCCUAAACUGGUAUCUAAGGUAAAGAUAGGUAAUAUAUAGGGACUAUACCUACUGGGAAUAAGACAAAUAUUUACCCUUAUCGAUUUGUACUUUGGUACCUAUUAUAGAUAUUACUAAAAUUUGCUGAGAUUGGGAAAGACGAACACUAUAUUAUCUAGUUCUAGUAACAAGUAUAGCCUGUUUGUUUUGCCCAACAUCUUAACUUAUGCAUGAAAAAACUAAAAAAAAAUUACCUAAAGAAAAUCAAAUGUAUUACUUGAACUAUAAGGCAGGAAUUCCUAUGAUUCAUUACUUAUCUAUUUGGAAGUUAUGUUGUGUAAGAGUGAUUAUUAUUGUUGUAUCAAUUUGUCUUGUUAUUUAGAUACAUUAUAAAAUUAUUGUUUCAGAGGGACCAUAGUCGUUAAUUAUAGUUUCAGUCUUAUCAUAGUUAUCAUGAAAGGCCAUAAGUAAGCCCAUCUUUUGCCAUACUAUUCUCCAUCCUUUAUUUUUAAUUAUGUAAAAUAUUUAUA